AUGGAGAUUGCAAAUGCACAACCCGAAGAGGGUAAGAGAAAUAGCCCGCGAAGGAGAAGUCCGGUCUUGAAGGGAAAAGAACGAGUUGACAAUAAGAAGAAAGAUCCUAGGGCUAGAAUCUUAGAUACUAGAGAUCGAGUUGGAAGGUUCAACAGGUACACGCCAUUGAAUGCAUCACGCUCUCAAAUCUGGAAAGAGGUGGCAAUGAUGGAAAUGAAGAAGGUGGAACGACCCCGUCCCAUAUUCGAUAGAGGAGGUUUGGACAAAUCGAAAUACUGUGCAUUCCAUGACGGACCAGGACAUACUACUAAUCAAUGCUGGGACCUCCGAGAUGCGGUGGAGAAAUUUGUUCGAGAUGGAAGGUUACGUCAAUACGUGAUAAAAACCCAAGGUUCCAGAAACAACAAAAAGAAGUUGGGAAACAGAAAUUGGAGCAAAAGCCCCGUUCCUGAAAAGAAAAACAAACAGGAAAGGAAUCAGAAAAAUGAUCCCAAUUAUGAUGAAUUCUCAGAAGUGGAAUUUGAUUGUAAUGUAAUUAGUGGAGCCCUGGGGGGGGGGGGAGGAGGAGAUACUGUAAGUGCUAGAAGAAAAUACCUGAAAGAGGUACUCUCCAUUCGAGAUCAUCCCAAGUUCAAAGAAGACCCAACCAAGCCAGACCCUCAUCUUUUGUACUUUACCAAAGAGGACAUGUGCGGCGUGUUACUGGGUCAUGUUGAUGGACUGGUCAUUGCUGGGACCCUAGCGAAUUGCCGGGUUCGGAAGAUUUUCGUGGAUGUAGGGAGUUAUGCCGACAUCAUACUCUGGGACACUUUAAAAAAGAUGAACCUGGAUGAGGAGGACUUCAAACCUUUCAAAAUGACGCUGAUAGCCUUUAAUGGAGAGCAUACAUCUCCUAAAGGCUACAUUGAUCUCAUAUUAACCUUGGGAACAAAGGCAGCGUUCAGAUCAGAACGAGUUAGGUUCAUAGUGGCCGAUUUCCCUUCAGAAUAUAAUAUAAUCCUAGGAAGACCGACCAUACAUCAAUGGGACAUGCUGGUUUCUACAAAACACCAGAAGAUAAAAAUGGUGAGCAAUAAGAAUGAAAUAAUCACUGUUUGUGGAGAUCAGAAGGAAUCUAGGGGCUGUUACUUUGAUACCGUCAAAGAAAAUGAAGGGGGACGUUCGAGCCCACCUCGAAUUCACCCAGGGGAUAAAACCGGUAAGAAUGUAACUCCUCAACACUCAAGGAAGCCGGUCAACAUGGUUGAACUCGACAUCAGAGAAGAAAUAAUGCUGAGACCCGAACCUGAUGGAGAGCUAGAAGAUCUCACACUGGGGAAAGAGCCUGGUCAAUUUACCUGA